AUGCGUUUUCCUACUCUUCAAGCAAAUAUAAAUGGUAAAGAAUGGAAGGAAUAUACAGGCGACUUUUCCACGAAAAGUGUAGAAAAGUUUAUUCAAGAGAAUCAAUUGAAACGAAAUCCAACUGGUGAAAGUGUAGAAUUAACCAAACUCGAAGAAUUAAAAGAGAUCAUUGAAAGUAAAGAACCUUGGUUUGUUAAGUUUUAUGCGCCUUGGUGUGGACAUUACAUAUGUCGAGAAUUUAAAAUUGCUGGUUUGCCCACGCUUAACUAUUUUAUUCACGGAGCCUCUCUGAAAUUUACAGGGGAAAGAAAACUUGAAAAAUUAAUGGAUUAUGCCAUUAAAAUGUCUGGAUCACCUGUACUUCCUGUUGAAACAGAUAAUGAAUUGGAAAAGAUACUUAAAUUACACGAUGUAAAUCUGGUCUACGUUCAAAGUCCUGAUGAUGAAAAUAGUCAGCUCUCUUUAUUAGAACAAUUAGCACCUUCCUUUAUGGAAGAGAUUCCUUUCUAUACAACCCAUGAUCCUAAGACAGCACAUCGAUUUAAUUUACAAAAAUCUGAUCUUCCUGCUGCAGUUAUCGUUAAAGACGGUACAUAUCAAGUCUACAGUGAAAAGAGUGUCAAUAACAUCUCUCCUUGGAUUUAUCAAGAACGUCAUCCUCUUGUUACGCGUAUUUUACCCCAUAAUUCGAAUCGUAUCUUAAAGGGUGACCAAGUUGUAGUCCUUGGUAUUACAAACCCUGAUGAUACAGAGUCAGAAAUCAAACUACGUGAACUGGCCACGAUGUAUAGGGAUAAGCAUGGUGGAAAAGAUAUUAUGUUUGCACAAUUAGAUGGUAAACGAUGGGGUCAUUAUGUCUCUAGUGCAUAUGGUAUUCAAAGUAACAAAAUGCCCGCCCUAAUUGUAUUGGAUCCAAAGAAUGACAUGUAUUAUGAUCAUGACUCAGAUAAAAAGAAAUUUAGCUUUAGUAAACCAGAAACAGUGUUAGCCUCGAUUGCUACUCUUAGUGCUCUAAAGGGUAUAUCUACAGCACCUUCAAAAACGAUGACUAUGAUUGAGAAGAUCUUUAUUUUCUUUGGUGAUCAUUGGAUUAUGAUGACGACUGUUCUUUUCGGUUUAUUUGGUGUUCUCUUUUGGUUAUUAACCAAGGAUGAGCCUACACCUAUUAGUCGAGAACAAAUGAAAGAGAUUGCAAAGAAGGAAAUUGCUGAAAGAAAGAAAGAGAAAGAAAAGGAUAUUAUGAUUGAUGAAAAGAUAGAAAAGAAAGAUGACCUUACAUCUGAGCCAAAGUUAGUCGAACGAAAGACUAUGAUUAUUGAUAAUAAAUAA